AUGGCUCCAAUACCUCUGCUCCAGUCUUCAUUCAUAUCGAAUGGCAAUAACACAGCUCUCUGGGAUAAUCAAUUAAAGCCCGCUCUACGCUGUCCCACACGUAAAGCGGCAAGAACACUACGGUAUGAAAUAUUUGAGCAGUGUACGUGUAAUCCCGCCGAAACGAAGGCCAAUUGCAAUUGCCUGAAUGUGCCGAUACUGAAGCAGUUCGAGGACUUGCAACGACGAAUGCCCGUAAUUUUACCAUCAAUAACAUUUGAGGAAUUAAUCCAUGGCGUCAAGGCAACCGUUCAGAACAUGCUUUCGACAGAAAUAAUCGUAACCCUACAAGAAGAUCUACGCACUAACCUCGUCGUAGACAACGACAUCUGUACGGUGGAGAACACACAAUUGAUAGGAUGCUAUAAUUGCGAAAAGGGAGCCUACGCAAAAAUCAAGUGUUUCGCCUCUAGGUCAAGCAAAGCAGAGAUCAUAUGUGAAGGAACAAGUUUUACGGCUCCGUGCGGCAAACAGGGAAUUGAGUCAGUCAUGAGAAUUAGUCCUACUCAAGCGAUGGUCUGCAUGAAGUGUUCGGUCUCAUGCGGAGAGGUGGUUACCACGUUUGAAGUCGGAGGAAUCCUCAAAUAUACAGCAACUUUCGAAACAAUGCUGUACAAGUGGCUUACGAGCAACAGCAAAAGCGCUCCAGCGGAAAUCCAGUGGCCCGACUUCUAUCAUCUAUUUGACGUAUCCAGCCAAUGGUAUAAAACGGUACUCAUAGCAGGAAUCACACUCAUCGCUAUGUUAGGAAUUACCUAUGCGCUAAUUUCGACUUGCGGACUCAGAUGCGUCGUCAUUCUAGCAAAGCUGAUGACCAAACCGAUACGAACAUUCUACAAACUAGCGUGGAGACUCAGCGCUGCUGAACUGGAGGGAGAAACAAUAUUCCUGAAGGCAAUCCUGAGAGUGGCAAGCCCACAAGCAGAAUUCCUCGAACCUGCUCUCGAAGCAAUCCUAAAUUCGCUGCACAAUCAAGUCAAGGUAGCAACAACCCAACGAACACAGUGGACGUCUCUAAUGGCCGAAGGAAACUUCGUACAAGCAACCAUCAAGGAACAGAUCAUGCUAACCAACAGAUGCUUACGAAGCGCAAUGAUGACCAAAGAAAAGGUAUUACGCCUUGGGACAUGGUACAUUCUUACGGACAGAAUCUACGAUCGUCAAGUGCAAGCUGGGCUAAUACCGCGGGGAAGAAGAUUCCAAUGGCUUGAAAAAGGACGCAAACAAGAACAUGAUGUCCAAGCCGAAUCAGUACUCAAAUUGGUGGAAAGUCUCAUGAGCUUCACCAAAACGACUAUAAACGGCAUGGAGGAUCAUUUAAAUAAGGUGGAAAAUCAAAUCAACGCAAGCAAGGAGAAGGAUCUUGCCGCCCAGUGCGUACAGCUGAAGGAACAACUCCAAGAACUCAAUUUAAACUGGGCGGAGCAAGUCUAA